CUCGUGGCCGUUCGUAGUAUUUCCUUUUAUUUAGGUGAGUUGCUGUUCAGCCCAAUCGCGAAGUGGGCUGAAAACACUGCUUAAGUUUGUAUUUCUUUCGUUUGCGUCGCGAUAUUAUCAGUUAAUUUGUUGGGACACCAUGGCUUCGUUAAGAGAUCGAGCAUUUUGACAUUUAAAAACGAGAAAAGUCUCAUGCAGCUCUCCGCCGCGUUUCAAGCUGCUGGCUGUCAACUUGUGCUCUAGCUGCAACAGCUUCAAUCGAGUCUCUUUUUCUGUAUUUGCGCUGUAAAAUAUUUUUAACGGGAUAGUGAAAACACACAACGUGUGGGAGUUUGCUCUUUUGAACCAUGUCCACUGAAGUUGUUAGUAACUUGGACGUGACAGUCAGUUGUUUGGGCGAAGGGAACCAAAACAAGUCGGACGCGGAUCGACCCAAGAAACCUGAUCGAGCGAGCCACGAGGAGGGGCAGCAAGAUCCUCCUCAGGUCGACUGCAAACAUCAAAAACAGGGGGUCAUGGAAAGCAACACGGAUGGGUUGAGUACGGACAGCACGAACGACAAAGAGAACGAGGAAAAUGAAUCGAGUAACAAAGCUACAGAAACUGCCAAGAAGAAGGUGAUCGAGGCUCCUCCGCCGAAAGUGAACCCGUGGACGAAGAGGAAUUCAUGCCCUCCCAAUAACGCCACCAUCACCACCACCAACUCCAUACAAACAGAUCCCCAGAGUCCUGCCAAAGUUGUCCGUGCCAGCAAACCCAGGGCCAGAAAGACUAGCAAGUCAAGUGAUUUCAGUGAUAUCACAAAUUGGCCUACGCCUGGAGAACUUGCCAGUAAGGAGCAGAAUGUAAUAAACACACAGGGGCAGAAGAGCACGUCCGGACGAAGAGAGAGAAAGAAAGUCGUCGGAGGAGAGAAGAGAGAGAAGGAGUGCAGUAGCGACGGAAGUGACAGUAAGGAGAACAGGGAGGCGCAGUCCGACCCAAUCACGGGGCUUUCAAAUGACCAGGACGCAGAGAAUGGAGAGGAGACGCAAAACAACGUCCCCCGCAGGAGAGGAGUUUGGAGAAGAGAGAGAGAUUUCUUUGAUGACACGGCAAGCAUCCGCAGCGAGGGCAGCAGUGUCCGAGGAGGACCCAGAGGCCGGGGCAAAGGUCGUGGACGGGGCAGAGGUCGUGGAAGAGGUCGCUACGAUUUCUCCCACGGUUACCGGGACUCGUAUACUGAUGGGUCUACGGUUCCAUCCGAGUUCGGCACUAACAUGGUGUAUUACUACGAUGACGGUAAUCGUGUGCAGAUGUAUACGAUCGAGGAGAACUUGCUUAAAGAGUACAUCAAGCGCCAAAUUGAAUACUACUUUAGCCUCCCAAACCUGGAGCGAGACUUUUUCCUGAGGAGGAAGAUGGAUUCGAAAGGCUUCUUGCCGAUCUCUCUGAUCGCCAGUUUUCACAGAGUCCAGGCGCUCACCACUGAUAUCAACCUUAUUAAAGAGGCCUUAAAGAAAAGCGAAGUCGUGGAGCUGGUAGAUGAGCAGAUCCGUAGGAAAGAGGAGCCGGAGUUUUGGCCCAUUCCAGGUCCUCCUCAGGAUUCCCCACGCACGGAUUUCUCCCAGCUCAUUAACUGCCCAGAAUUUGUACCGGGACAGACGUUCACCGCUCUCAACAAAGUGCCAUCAUCCCCAGUCAACCAGCACAUGGAUGAACCAGUCAUGGUAAAUGGCCAAUCCAGCGACACCACUGACACGGACACAGGCAGACCCCUGUCUAAAGAGUCCUCGCCCUCCAAAAGUAACACUAGUGAAGAUGUGAAGAGCCCUAAAGAGCGCUCCAGCAGCCUUUCGGAUCCAGAAGCCCAGUCGUGGAUACAGGUGGAAAAACGACACCGAAACUCAUCUGGAAAAAACAAGGAACAUCCAGAAUCGGCUAAGUCCAGCUCAAAGCAGCAGCCUGAGGCCGAACAGGAGGAACUGGACUUCCUGUUUGAUGAGGAAAUGGAACGGCUGGCCGCGCCUCGCAAGAACACCUUCACCGAUUGGUCCGAUGACGACUCUGAUGAUGAACUCGACGACUGUGACGUAAACAAGAUCCUGAUCGUUACUCAGACCCCUCCUCACCUGAAGAAACACCCCGGGGGCGAUCGCACAGGAAACCACGUGUCACGUGCCAAAAUUACAGCUGACCUUGCCAAAGCCAUAAACGAUGGAUUGUUCUACUACGAACAGGAUCUAUGGACUGAAGAAGAUGGACAGCAAGACUGUACCAAUGCCAAGGAUAUGGAGAACUUCAAAAAGCUCAACAUGAUCAGCAAAGAUGAGUUUGAAAAUCUGAACCCCAAAAUUCCUAUUGACUCCAACCAGGAAGUCCCGCCCCCUCCACCGUCUCAAACAGAUGAUUGUAGCUUGGCUCAUUCUGUUCCCGAGGAUGUCCCAGAAGAAUCCAGUGUGCCACGGACCCCUCGUACCCCACGUACCCCUGGCAGACAGGACCCCACCAAAACCCCACGCUUCUACCCUGUCAUCAAAGACAGUGGAAACCUUGACGGACAGACACCCAGAAAAAGGAAAACUCGUCACAGUUCUAACCCUCCUCUGGAGUGCCAUGUAGGCUGGGUGAUGGACUCACGUGAACACAGACCCCGCACUUCUUCAAUCAGCAGCUCAAAUGCGUCUCCAUCAGAAGGGGCUCCAGCGUUGUCAGGCAGUUACGGCUGUACCCCUCAGUCCCUGCCCAAGUUCUGGCAUCCAUCCCACGAGCUCCUGAGAGAAAACGGCUUUACCCAGCAAGUUUACCACAAGUACCGCCGACGCUGCCUCAAUGAGAGGAAGCGAUUGGGGGUCGGUCAGUCUCAGGAGAUGAACACGCUCUUCAGGUUUUGGUCGUUCUUCCUCAGAGACAACUUCAACAGGAAGAUGUACGAAGAGUUUAAGCAGUUUGCCGUGGAGGACAGCAAGGAGAACUACAGGUAUGGACUGGAGUGUCUGUUCCGGUUCUACAGCUAUGGACUGGAGAGGAGGUUCAGACCGGAUAUCUUCAAGGACUUUCAGGAGGAGACUUUACGUGACUACGAGAAAGGUCAGCUAUAUGGACUGGAGAAAUUCUGGGCUUUCCUGAAAUAUUCCCGGGUAAAAAAUCAGGUCAUUGACCCCAAACUUCAGGAACACCUAAAGAAGUUCAAGAGCAUUGAUGAUUUCCGAGUAGAUCCACCAAUGGGAGAGGAAGGAGGGAGAAGAAAAGCACACUCGUUCUCCUCCGGAGACGAAGUGAAACGUAGACGACACAACUCGACGUCGUCAUCCAAACAGAGCCCGGUUAACAAGGCUUCUACAGACAAUCAACAUGCUGCUGGAGGUGUGGAAAAAACCACCUCAACUGAUAAGACCGCCGCCCCAACUACAUCAAAAGCCAUGUCAUCCAAUCAGCAAUCUGGCGCAGGGUCAUCCAAAUCCGCCUCGGCCAAUCAGAAACAACCACCUACCAAGAACAGCGCAUCUAACGAUGCCGCAACAAAAGCCCCGCCCAAAGAGAAUGUGAAGAAAAAUACCUCAUCAGAUGCUCGCAGAGAGAAUACAGCAGCGAGUAGAAACCGAGAUAACCAACAGCCAAAAAAGUGAAGCUAAACUACAGUAUUUGAGUUCUAGUAAACUUGAGAGCUAUGAAAGGAUUAACAUUUUAACCUUGGAAGUAAGGCAGUCAAACCGUUAGAGCAAAGACCAACUGUCAUACCACUGUGGUCGGUCACAAACUAAAGAGUAAACCAGAAUUAUGUUAAGUGUCAUACUGAGAUACUUCUCUGGAUGAGUUAACUUCCGUAACAUCUUUUUGUUUUUAAUUCUUCUGUUUUUUGCGUUUAGUAGUAGUUUGCGAAAUCAUCAGCGCGCAUGGUAAACUUGUUUUGCUGUAAAGUUUACAGAACGUGCAUUCUUACAUCGAAUGCAGUUUUAAACUAUUUUAAAUUUAAAAUACUUACCUUUGCGAAUGCCUUACAUUUCAAAAGCGACGAAACGUACAUAUUUUACAGCUCUGUCAGCAUUCAUAAUAGUCUCUUGGUUUUUAUCUCUAUUGUGUAUUUUUAAGUAGUGCACGUGCCUCUUUUGAGUGACACGUCACAUUUUUAUGUGUCUCUGACAAGAGCACACGUUUAUUUUAAAAAUUCAAAAAACCUCAUCAAACACAAAAAAAAUUAACUUGAAAUAUGGUUGAGACCCGAUAACACACUAUAUAGCCUAUUGCAUUUUUGCUCUUUUAGCUUGUGUAGAAAAUAUGACAGUGAUGAAAUACUAAGUUCUUUAUGCUUUCAUGAUUAGCCGAGUGUCUGAGCUGAAUAUCGGGGAAAGUGCGUAGAUAUCGAGCCAAUGCGGUGAGGGAUUACAAAAGGAAAUAAUAAUAUCUACAAAUUUGUUCUCGCUUAUGAAUAUUGUGCCGUUCACGUUAUGGAGACGGUGAUGCUAAAGACAGUGUCUCCAGUUUAGGUGCUGAGGAGAGAAGGAAGACAUCUUAAUGGCCUUUACGAUAAUUUUGACUUAAUUUGGAAAACAUCUAUGUACUUGAAGUUUUCUAAGGAAUGUUAUUUUUUGAAAGGAAUUUUCUUUCUUUUAAGUACUUUGAAUUAUAUUGGAGUUAGAUAAUUUAUUUUUCCUCUCUUGUAAAAGCUUAAUUGAUUUUAAUCUUUUUUUUAUUGAUAUUUCGAAGAGAGUGUAGAUGACUGCAAACCCAGAGAAAACAUUUAUUUGCAUUAUAUCUUUAUUUCCAGGAUGGAUUUUAAAUCAGUGUUUUUUUUUCCGCAUUUACGAUUUUUAAUCAGACACUGAAUUGAUGUCUUGAUUGUAUCAUAUUUUGCUUUAAAACUGUACAUAAAAAUAAUUAGAAACCGCUCUCUGAUUUCAAUCAUUUUUAUUGAUUCAUUUUAUUGUGAUAGUUUUGUUUGUGUGCGCUUGUGUGUUGGUAUGCAUGUCGGUUUAAAUUUUUCUUUCCUCAUAAAUUGUAAAAUGUAAAAAAAAUAAAAUAUAUUAAACUGUUUAUAAAAACCCAA